AUGACGGGAAUCUCGCAGGCCGCAGGAGAGAAUGAAUCUCUGAUACCAGGAACGCCUCAGAAUGAUGAGGACGGGGAGAGCUAUACUUCUCUGAAAAGAUCCCUAUCGCGUAUUACCAACUAUUACGAAGAGCCCCAUUCCCAGCGUCCGCCCGUGCCCGCCCUCACCGACACCGAGACUGCCAAAGGUGCAAUGGAACUGCAUAUCAACCUUCCGCAGCUUCCGAUGGCGACCGAAAUUGCGCUAGCUGCUUUGCAGUAUCUGCCUACCCCUGUUAUCGUCCUCACCUCCUUGAAGACAAUAAUUCUGGCCAAUGAAGCAAUGGGCAGACUGCUCGGGCUUGACAAUCAAGACAACCGAGGCACGGAGGAACCGCCAAACAACGAUAAUACAGUAACCGAGAUGCUCAAAGGUCAGACACUGUCACAAAUCGGCGUAGACAUGAUACAGGAUGGUGUUCCGGUAUGGGUGAGCUGGGAGAAGUUUCUCGAUAACCUGUCCAACGGACUCGACAAUGGCGCGUUCGAAGGGGAGCAGUCUAGUCUUGCCGCCAUUGUCAGCGGAGAGACUACACCCGUCGCAAUCUCUGCAGGCCAGCGGCAGAACAGUCACUCUACCACCAUACCGGACGGCGCUCCGACACGAGAUAAAACGUUGGUGCACGAUACAGUGGUCGACGUUGUGGUUUCCUCUCAGCAUGACAAGGUGUUAGGCCCCAGUGGCCACAAUAGACAUCACAAGCCGCGGUCCCCUACUUGUCAGACUCCGGCUAAAAUGAUCAUCUCGAUCUGGCAUAUAGAAAGGGAAAAGUUUUUCAGCUUAUCCUUCACAAGUACAUCGAUUGCACAAAAGAAGUCUCACGUGCAGUCACACAUCGUAUCAAGGCCAAGUUUGCCCAAGACCAACUCUCAUUUGAACUCAGGUUCAGCGCGUUCUAGUACUCCCGCCUCAUCGAGAUCUAGUUCAACACAUUCCUCUGUCGUUACCUCACCAUCUGAUUCAAACCCUAACGCAACUCCAUUCCCUCCCCUGGGCGCGCCGGCCAAGUGCUCGAAAUCCGGCGCGUUUACGGAGUUCCAAAAAAUCACUAGGAUGAAAGAUGCAAUGCUGUCAGCGAUGGAGAUACCAGUGUUGGCGAUGUGGAAAGACGAAAGUGUUGUAUUUCCUAAUCCAGCAGCUCGAAGAAUGCUGGCUGUCGUUGCAGAUCCCACCACCGAAGCCAGCUAUGACUUCAUCUCGAGAUUCAAGGCAUAUGCACCAGACUUCAGUAGAGAGCUGCGACAAGAUGAGUUGCCCUUGACAUUGCUCUGCAGGAAUCAAAAAGGCUUCAGCAAUUGGAAAAUCGGCAUGAUUGAACCUCGAACGGGUAAGCGCAGAAACUACGAUGUCAGUGGUAAGCCUGUUUUCGACCAGAACACCGGUGAUUUCUUCGCCGGAUUGGUCGCUUUUAAAGACGUUACCGAAUAUACCGAGAAGCUGGCAUCACAGAACGAACAAAACGAACAACAGUUCCAGCUGAUCUGCGACUCAAUGCCUCAGAUGUUGUGGACAACACGCCCAGAUGGAUACCACGAUUAUUUCUCCGCGCGUUGGUUCGACUAUACUGGACUGCCAAGAAAUGCAUGUUUUGGAACUGGCUGGAAAUUGCCAUUUCAUCCAGAUGACAUGACUGAGACUGUCAGAAGAUGGCAUCACUCGCUAGCGACUGGAGACGAGUACCACACCGAGUAUAGAUGCCGACGUCAUGACGGAGAAUGGCGGUGGAUGCUUGGGAGAGCACUGCCUCUGCGCGCUAGCAAAAGUGGAAAGAUUUUGAAAUGGUUUGGUAGCUGUACUGACAUACAAGAGAUUGUUGAUGCCAGAGAAGCCUCCCGUAAGAUGAAGGAGCAACUGGUCAAUGUGCUGAAGCACUCCGAGAUGACCAUGUGGUGUCUGAACCAGGAUCGGGAAAUCACCUUCUUUGAGGGAAAAAUGUUAGGCAACGACAAAAUUCCUCCUCUUCCAAACUUCCAUGCGAAUGCCAUGGGCAGGAACGUCUACGACGUCUUUAAAGGGAUGGAAUUCCUGCCAAAAUAUAAAGAAUCCAUUGAAAGGAUAUUGAAUGGACAAUCUUCUUUCGAGGCAUCGGAGUUUGAAAGCAGUGGAAGGUGGUAUAAAUCGCGGCUGGUGCCCCAGAAGGGGAAGAAGAGCGCUGCCGGCAAAAUGGACGAAGCUUGUGUUGAUGGCUUGGUAGGCAUCAGCAUGGACUGUACAGAGCUGAAGAAGAAAGAGCAAGAGAAUGUGCGGCUGCUAGCCAACGAGGCGGCCGCCAAAGAAGCAAGCAGACUGAAAAGCAACUUUUUGGCUAACAUGUCUCAUGAGAUUCGCACUCCGAUUGCUGGCAUCAUAGGCAUGUCUGAGCUGAUGCUCGAUACCGCACUCGACGAGGAGCAAGGCGAUUUUGCCGUGAACAUCCAGCGCUCCGCCAACAGCCUUUUGACCGUAAUCAAUGAUAUUCUCGACUUCUCCAAAGUGGAAUCGGGCAGACUGGACAUUGAAGAAGUACAGUUCAGCCUCUCUGUGGUGAUAGACGAUGUCUGCAAGAUGCUUUCAUUCGCCGCAGAACGGAAGGGCCUUCGUUUCAUUAGCGAUAUCCGCCUGGGUGAAGCUGAGGACUUCGUACUGCUGGGCGACCCUGGACGCGUGCGUCAAAUUCUCACGAAUCUGCUGACCAACAGUAUCAAGUUCACAUCUGAAGGAUGGGUCAAGAUGAGUGUCCGACUGCUGAAAGAGACAUUUGAAAGUGUCACAGUUGAGUUCACUGUGGAGGAUACUGGCAUUGGCAUCGAAGAAGAAGUCAAGAAACGACUUUUCAGCCCCUUCAGUCAAGCAGAUUCCAGUACAGCUCGGAGAUUUGGCGGGACCGGUUUGGGUUUGACCAUCUCCAAAAACCUGGUUGAACUUAUGCACGGCACGAUCUCUCUACAGUCGAAACUCGACCAUGGAACUAUUGCCACCUUCUCAGUGCCAUUCAACAAGCCUCAAUUUCAAGGUACUGCCACCCCUUUGGUAGACAUCGGACCGCUGCCAGAUCGUUUCCAGUCUGAGCACUCUUUAUCCUGCAACAAUUCUUCACGAGGAUCGAUCGCAAUGCCUGGGCGUGGUACACCACCUCCACAGUCGCCCGCUAUCGGAGAAAUUCCCAACGGGGAUGCUGGCAUCCACAACAAAGCUCCUGAUAAUGUCAGUCCACCUCAAGCGGCACUGACAGAAGCACAGAAGAGGGACUUCCAUAUCCUAGUUGUCGAGGACAAUGCAAUCAACCAACAGAUCGCGCUGAAAACAAUUAAGAAUCUGGGAUUCUCUGUCUCCGCCGUAUGGAAUGGCAAAGAGGCCCUCGAUUAUCUGCUCAAAGCGGCCGAGACUGCUCAAUCGCCCAACCCGGCGAAUUCCCUGACUCCAGGCACCACUCCCGCCAAUAGCACGCCUCUGCCCAACGUUAUCCUCAUGGAUGUGCAAAUGCCUAUCCUCGAUGGGUACCGGGCCACGCAUACCCUUCGUUACCACGCCCCUUUCAAGAACAUCCAGGCUAUCCAGAGGAUACCUAUCGUGGCAAUGACUGCCUCGGCAAUUCAAGGCGACCGCGAGAAAUGUAAGCGCGCCGGUAUGGAUGACUAUAUUUCCAAGCCGACACCACGAAACAAACUAGAAAAGAUAAUCCUGAAAUGGGCUGAGGGUGCAGCAAGUAUGAUCCAAAAAACCCAGAACAAUAACAGCCUGGACGUCGCUUCCUGCGGCAUCGGUCAUUCAUCCGACUGUCCAGGAAGCGAUUACCCUAGCCUCGCCGAACAAGAAAAAUCCUCAUACAGGCCAGCUCUAUCUAUGUCACCCACACAUUCCCACGGAAGAUGUGCCCAACAUCACCAACGCCCACACCUCAACCCCACCAUGUCGGAAGAAAAAAUCAGAUCCCGCCGCACGGCUGGCGAUCCACCCAGCUCCCUCAGCGAAGCGGAUCGUGGUCUCCGUCGCGCAGAUGCAGAGGAACAAGCCGCUAAUCUGCGGGACGACAAGUUGCUGGCUGCUACGGAAAUGGGCCCAUAUUCGCCGCUUGAUGGAGGGGCAGGAACAGGCGUUAUAUCCGGAGGGCUGGGAAGCUGUAGCCCGCUCCUUGUUGGGUCCGCUUCGGCGGGUUUACCGUUCUCGUCUGGUUCGCCUCUUGGUGGUGCUGGUGGUGGGGGCGGAGAGAACUAUUCGGAUCAAAGAACAGUCACGAACGCGGGAAAAGGCAUGGCGUUGACGGAGGAGAAUGUCGAGAGGUUGAAUGCUGAUAAGACGGAUGCUGAUAAUUACGAGGAAGGUGGUUUGUUGAGAGGAGAGGAACCCAGGCUUACGACUCAUAAUGCGGCCACGAGUACGAAGGCUAUCGGUGGUGAUGAUGGUGAUGAUGAUGAGGAGGAGGAGGAGGAGGAGCUGGAGAUGGAUAUGGAUCUGGCGAGAAAUUCGGAGCGGAGGCGGAAUCCGCUGUUCAGCCCGCCGAUUAUUGAAGACGAGGUUGAGAUGAAUGGGGGUCUGACUGAUAGGGCCGCCUCCGGGCCACGGCAGCAGCAGCAGGGUCGUUUCACGGUUAAAACGAGGGAGGGCAGGCUCUCAGCGCAGGACAGGAGGGCCAGUGAUUGGAGCCAAAGUACCGCAAAGCCUGGGCGGCGCGAUGGCAGCGAAUGA